AUACAAAGGUGAACAAAAGACAGUUCAAGUCACAACUCACAACAAUAAACCCAAAGAGCACCAUUUCGGAUUGCACAAUACAGUCGCAAACAUUUUCAAAAAAAAAAAAAUGGAUGCAAAAACAGAGUCUCCGGCGCCGGAAACAUCGCAGCCGGCGAUUCACCCGGCAGUGGCACCACUCUCCUUUCUUCUGGGCACAUGGAGAGGCCAAGGAGAAGGAGGCUUCCCCACCAUACAUUCCUUCUCCUAUGGCGAAGAGCUUCACUUCUCCCAUUCUCCCAACAAGCCCGUGAUAGGGUACAGUCAGAAGACAUGGAAACUCAUCUCUGGAGAGCCUAUGCACGCUGAGAGUGGAUACUGGCGUCCUAAACCUGAUGGCACCAUUGAAGUUGUGAUUGCUCAAAGCACCGGUCUUGUGGAAGUUCAGAAAGGGACAUUCAGUGCUGAAGAAAAAGUGAUACAGCUUCAGAGUGAAAUGGUGGGGAAUGCUUCUAAGGUUAAAGAGAUAAGAAGAUGUUUCCAGCUGGUUGAUGGGAAACUUUGUUAUGACAUUCAGAUGGCUACCAAUACAAUAACCCUUCAACCACACUUGAAAGCAGCACUAAAGAAGCUCUGAAGCAAACAUAUUCUCCAAUUAGGAUAUGUACAUCAGCAUUAUGAACCCAUCCAAAGUGACUCUUUUUUAACAGCAACUUAGGCCAUGGCACAGGGUUUUGUAUGCAAGGUUCUGUGUAUGACAUGUUCACACAACUCUUAAUUUCAAGAGCUAAUGGUUGAAGAACCCGACAUGACUUAAUUUUAUUGGAAGCAGACAAGAAGGAAAUAUUGUGUUUCUCCUUUUGUAAAUCACAAUAUAUGCUUGAUUUUAAUUUCCUUUUUUUUGUAUAAGUGAUUUUAAUUUAUUUGUUUGAAGCUAUUGUGGUGCAGUAACUACAAGUAAAAUUUGAUGUUUGUUAUGCUCAAAGUGAAAUUGUAUUUCCUCUUUACCAUCUAUUUUUGAUGAAACUG